UUGGAGUCACUUUGUAAUUCUGUUUAGAAAUUCUUGGACUAUUAUUUAGAUCAUGGAUAAUUCAAGUUGUUUUAUGUGUGGCCAAAAUACAGAAGAAUUUCAAAUAACAUCUGGCACUGAAGUAAAUUAUAAUCAGAAUAUUUAUUACAUUAUUUGCCAACAUUUCUGGUUCGAGGAAGCCGAAUUGCAGGCCGCACUAAUCUGUAAAAUAUGCUGGCUAAAGGUGGAUCAAUUCCAUUGUUUCUAUCAACAUGUAAAGCAUCAUCGUGAGAGUUUGUUGGAAGCAAUAUCAAACUCGAUUUUCAUCAAACAGGAAGAAGUCGAGAUAGACGAAGAACUGCUAAAAGAGCAAAACCACAUUGACUUGGCACCGAAGGUAGAGGAUCUACAAGAUCGGUUGCAUUGUGAAACCGAUACUGCUGCCAUCAUUGAUGAACGUAAUCAGCUGCAGCCUAAGUCAAAUUCGCUUAUUCACAAAGCCAAGAAAAAACCUAAAGUCAAGAGAAAUCCCAAGUCGAUCACUCAUCUGAGCGUAACGCCGGAGCAACAAGCGGAGGACGAGUUUAUCAAACAGCACAGACCUUACGUAUGCGAGGAGUGCAAUGAGGAAUUUAAUAGUUAUUGUGCUAUCCGUCGCCAUACAAUAGAUGCUCACGAUAAGCGGUACAUUAUGUGCUGCGAACAUCAAUACCGGACGCGAUCCAUGCUAUAUCAGCACGUCCAGAACAUAUUCAAUCCAGAGGCAAUCAAGUGUGAAAUUUGUAGCAGAACGUUCAAAUUUCAAAGUGGGUACAUCCGUCACAAAGAGGAAAUUCAUCCAGAACAGCACCAGUUGAUAUUUAAGUGCCGGUAUUGCUCCAAAAGCUUUCCAAAACAAAAGCUGCUGAAGCGCCAUUUGGCUGAACAUGAAACGCUUGAAAAGCAGAAAGCCAAAUGCGAUAUCUGCGGUAAGUGCUUUCGAACGCAAGUUAUUUUGAAGAACCACAUUAGAGCUGUCCAUCAGGUAUCGAGAGAUUUUAUCUGUGAAAUCUGCUCGAGAGGGUUCUUCCGUCGGGCAAUGCUGAUGAUGCAUCGGAAACUACACGACCUUACCGACGAGCAAAUGAAGAAACAGUGCCCGGUGUGCAACAAGUGGUUGAAGAACCACCGAUACUGGUUGACGCACGUGAGGCGCCACAAAGACGAAGGGGACUACAAAUGUGAGCAGUGCGGGCAUGUGUCGAUCAAUUUGAUGGCUCUCAAGGCGCAUAUCAGGUACAAACAUGCACCGGAUAAGAAGCGACAUGUGUGUGAGCUGUGCGGCAAGGAGUACUCGCGGGCAACGACAUUGAAAGAACACGUGGCCAAUGCCCACACGGGAGAGCCAUUGUACAAGUGCCAGUUUUGCGAGCGGAAAUUCUUCUCGAACGCCACUAUGCACUCGCACCGGAAGAAGGACCAUCCGCAGGAAUGGUUGCAGGAUAAGAUGGCCAAGUACGCCAGGAAGGAGGAUACAGGCGAAGGUGAUAGCGUAACGGAAUAGAGGCGUUUAUGUUUUUCAAAUUUCCAUCGAUUAUGGAGAAAAAGUGAUCAAUUAACAAAACUAACUAAUUACAAAUGAAGUGCACGCUAUUUUUUAAAUAGUUUUUAGAAUUUGCACUGAUAGGGCAGGAUGAUUGUCCAUUAUCCCUUGGACAGAAUGUAAAGAAUAUAUCAAUGAAAUGUCAUCAACAUCAAAUAAAAAAAUUAAUAUAAAA